CUAUAAAAACCACCUCUUUACUUCCUCUCAGUUAUUCUACUCACACUAUACUAUACUAUACUCCUUUUGCAGAGUGACAUUUUUACCAAUAAUUUAUUUUUACAAAGUUUUAUAUUUCGAAAUAAAAAAAAUAAAAAAAAAAUUGUUCUUGAGGAAAUAUGUCUCUGCUGAGUGAUCUCAUCAACUUGGACCUCUCUGAUACUACUGAGAAAACCAUCGCCGAGUACAUAUGGAUUGGUGGAUCUGGUAUGGAUCUUAGGAGCAAAGCCAGGACAUUUUCUGGUCCAAUUAAGCAUCCAUCAGAGCUGCCAAAAUGGAACUAUGAUGGCUCAAGUACUGGCCAAGCCCCUGGUGAAGAUAGUGAAGUUAUUCUUUACCCUCAGGCAAUUUUCCCCGAUCCAUUCCGACGAGGAAACCACAUCCUUGUGAUGUGUGAUACCUACACACCAGCUGGUGAACCUAUUCCCACAAACAAGAGAUAUGGUGCUGCUCAAAUCUUUAGCAACCCUGAGGUUGCUGCUGAGGUUCCAUGGUAUGGAAUAGAGCAAGAGUACACUUUGCUACAAAAGGAUGUGAAAUGGCCUUUGGGCUGGCCCGUCGGAGGAUUCCCCGGACCUCAGGGGCCGUACUAUUGUGGAAUAGGUGCAGACAAGGCGUUUGGUCGUGAUAUUGUCGAUGCUCACUAUAAAGCUUGUCUUUAUGCUGGCAUCAACAUUAGCGGCAUUAACGGCGAAGUUAUGCCGGGUCAGUGGGAAUUCCAAGUUGGACCGUCCGUCGGAAUCUCCGCAGGAGACGAGGUGUGGGUGGCUCGUUACAUUCUCGAGAGGAUUACCGAGAUUGCAGGAGUUAUCGUCUCUUUCGACCCUAAACCAAUUCAGGGCGACUGGAACGGAGCCGGCGCGCAUACAAACUACAGUACAAAGUCGAUGAGAGAGGAAGGAGGGUACGAAGUGAUAAAGAAGGCAAUCGACAAGCUCGGUUUGAAGCACAAGCAACACAUUGCUGCAUACGGUGAAGGCAACGAGCGCCGUCUCACCGGAAGGCACGAAACCGCCGAUAUCAACACCUUUAAAUGGGGUGUGGCGAAUCGUGGAGCGUCGAUUAGGGUUGGAAGGGAAACCGAGCAGGCGGGAAAAGGCUACUUUGAGGAUAGAAGGCCAGCUUCUAAUAUGGAUCCAUACAUUGUUACUUCUAUGAUUGCAGAGACAACCAUUCUCUCCAAAUCUUAAAAACAUCAUUAAAAAUUAUUCUGUCUUUUUUUUUUUUUUUUUUUAAUUUAUUGCAUUUUAAUUUCCUAAGUUAUUUGAAUGUGUUUUUAAUUUAGACCCAACAAUAAAAUUGUAACCUUCUGAAUUUGUUGGCUUGUUUGAUUGAAUUUGAUGUUUGGUACAUAAUUUGCAUUUAUUUAUGUAGAUUAUGUUCUAUUUAAAUG